AUGGGAGACUCUGAUGUUGUAGAAACAGGACUCAGCGAUCAUUACUUGAUAUAUACAGUUCUAAACAUAAAGCCUAUGCGACCUAAAUCAGAGCCCCUCAUUAAACGCUCGCUUAAAAAUUUCAAUCAGAAGGCGUUCCUUGAGGAUCUCAGUAAAGUACCAUUCUCUACUGCUUACAUAUUCGACGACUCAGACGACGUUUAUUGGUGCUGGGAAACACUCUAUAACCAGGUGAUUGAUGAUCAUGCUCCAAUAAGAAAGUUUUAUCGCCGGCCACGAAUAGCAUCAAAGUUUAUCACUGCAGAAACCCGAAAUGCCAUGAAAGAAAGGGACCGUUUAAAGAAAAAGUGUUAUAAAUCUAGAAACCCUACAGAUUGGGAGCAAUACCGCCAGAUCAGAAAUAAGGUAGUCAGCAUGCGAAGGAAAUCGGUCCAAGAGCAUUUCAGGAAACUCUGCGUAGACAAACACGGAAAUCAGAAAAAGUUCUGGAGCACUAUAAAACCGUACAUUAAUUCAAGGAAAAUUAAAAGCAAUAGUCGUACUGUUAUUAAAGACAAUGAAAAGAUUAUUACUGACACGAAAGAAGUGGUGGAGACAUAA